ACCCCCAGGUUGAGGGUUAGGGAAGGGCUUUAACCUGUGCUGAGCUGCUGCCCUGUGUGUUUCCUGGCCAGACCCCUGGUGGGAAUGCUGCCCCGCAGGCCCAGCGAUGCUGCCCUCAGGGAGAAGAUCAAGGAGGCCACCCGCAGGGACAUCUUGGCUGCGGAUCUGAAGUGCAGCCUCUUUGUUUCCGCUUUGCAGAGCUACAAGCGUGAUUCGGUCCUGAGACCCUUUCCAGGCCUCUAUGCUAACGAGGAGAGCAAGGAUUUUGAUGCGUUGCUUGCAGAUACAAAUGCUUUGCCAAGCUUAAAAGAACUUCCAGAGUCUAUUUCAGACACAGAUAAAAGGACAUGGGAUCUGUUUAGCUGGAUUUUAUCAUCUAAAUUCUUAACUAUACAAAGUACUAAGAAAAAGGAGUAUGAGAAGAUCCAAGAGCUGACAGGAAUGUCAAGUGAUGCUGUUCCUACUCCUGACUUCCUGUUUGAAAUAGUGUAUUGUGAUCAGAUGAAUGCCAAAUUUGAUGAAACCAGGGGAGAAAGGAACCUUAUUUAUGCAUUCCAUGGGAGUCGCCUUGAGAACUUCCAUUCCAUACUGCACAAUGGUUUACAUUGCCAUUUAAAUAGGACAUCCUUGUUUGGUGAAGGUACCUACCUUACCAGUGAUCUAAGCCUUGCUCUUCUAUAUAGCCCUCAUGGUCUUGGGUGGCAACGCAGCGUUUUGGGCCCUAUCCUUAGUUGUGUAGCUGUUUGUGAGAUUAUCGAUCAUCCAGAUGUAAAAUGCCAGGUGAAGAAGAAAGAUUCAGAAGAAAUAGACAGGAAAAGAGCAAGAGUAAAAAACAGUGAAGGGGGCGAUGUUCCACAGAAAUACUUCGUUGUCACAAACAAUCAGCUUUUACGAGUUAAAUACUUAUUAGUAUAUUCACAGAAACAACACCGGAGGCCUUCUAGUCAGUCGUCGUGGUUUUCCAAUCAUCGUUUUGCUAUAAUGAUGAUGAUGUAUCUACUAUUGCUAAUUGUUAUAGGUGCCAGCAACUCACCGGCCUUCCUCUACUACUGGAAUAGAAUGUUUGAUUCAGAAGGAUGAACAAGCUGGUUUAUAUGCUGUUAUGUUCACCAUGUGCCUUAAUGAUAGGAGAUCUACAACCUACUGCAUCUGUACCAGCGCUCUGGAAAUGGGGUCUUGAGCAUUUGGUUAUAGUCCAGUUGCAUUACCUUCAUGGCCCCUUUCCAUUUUUUCUUGUUUAAGUCGUUUUGUUUCUUUUAAUGAGGGAGCCUGAUUGGCAGCUCCCUUUUCAGCCUGUCUUGCCCUAGGGACGCUGAAGUAGAAUGUGAACAGUUCUGUACAGACAUGUUUUAGUCAACGGUCCAAGAAAAAACUUUAUUUAAAAUUAAUGAAAACUUUAAUAUGGAAAUUAUCGGGCCAUAGGUGCUGGCUUGAAGUGGUUUCCAUCAUACACAGGGUUUACACUUUGGUUAAGUCUCUCAGCACCCCUGUAUUGGGGGUGUUUAUUCUCUGCCAGAUUAAAAAAGCAAUAUUUAUUUAUAAUGCUCUUGGAAGGGAGGAAUUCUCUUUACCUCACACAAAGGUAAACCUGCAGUAGGUUUUAUUGCUUUGACUUGAGAAACCCCGUGUGUCUUUGCUGAAGAGGAAAUGUGCUGUUUCUCAUAUGAUAAAGCAGGAUCAUCUUAAUUACAAUUUUUGACAGGGGAUUAUAGUUGGGCACAGUGAUUGUAACAAAACAUUAUACAUAAAACAGUAACCAAGCUGAAUGUUCUUGUGUGUUAUCGAAAAUAAAAUCACUGGAUAAAGAAUGAAUACUGAAUUUUAGAGCACUGUAGGCUAUGAUGAGAGGAAUACGUCUUAAGUACAGUCCAAUGGGCCAGAUCCUCAGCUAGGUUCAGGGAGCAGACAGAGCAAGUCUGGGGAGGUGGUGUGCAAGAUCAAAGUUCACCUUGGCCCUCCCCCACCAAGGGGCCCACUAUAUGCAGGGCUGGUCCCUAUGUCCAACAGGCUCAAAUGGGAGCUCAGGAUCAGGGCUGGGCAGGGGCUUCCCAUCAUGAAGGAAGGGGAAAAUCUAUGCCACUGGCAGAUCUCUUGGUCUGGGAACACUGUUUUCACAGCCAGUUGUGCAGUGCAAAGUGGUUGCAUGAUGCUCCAGGGUGUGGCUCUAUGUUUGUACGCAUGUCCCGUCUCUUUUUCUGCAUUUGUGACCUGAUAACUGCACUAGGAAUAUACCAAAUAUUUCCUAAAACACCGUUUUAGGAAAUAGAAUAUUUUGAGAUCAGGAUUUAUUUUGUUUCCGAGGUCAGAGAGUGAUGUCAGCUUAGUAUAUACUGCAUUUAGGUUUUCACUUGAUAACUGACCUCUGUAUGUGUGUCUGUAAGAUAUACUGUCUACAUAAAGUUAUCAGAAGGAGAUUGGUUUUUCCUCUAUCAGAAUUACAUUAUCUGUGUUAGGUAGGCUUCAUGCCAAUAUGUUGUAAGAAGUAGCCAUAUUUUACUUUAAAAAAAAUCAAAUUACACUAAGAACCCCUCAUUUAUUAUUUGGAUUUGUUUGUACAGUGUAUAGGUUUGUUAGAAUUCUGUGUAGUGCACACUUGGAGACUUGGAACAUUUAAAGAGAUUUGAAAAUCA